AUGUGUCAGAAAGCUGGAAAAACAGCCAAUUCUGCUUCGAAAAAGAAGAGGGAUGAGUUGGACAAAAUAAGCAACUUACCUAGUGGUGUUACACAACAAAUCUUGUCAUUUUUGCCCAUCAGGGAGGCAGUGAGGACAAGUAUUUUAUCAAGCAACUGGAGGCACAAAUGGGCUAUGGUUCGGCAUCUUGUGUUCGAUGAUCAGUGUGUUUCGGAUAUGAUGAAAGGUGGUACAAAGAGGACGAAAACAUUUGAGAAUAUUGUUGAUCAUGUUCUCUUACUUCAUUCCGGUUCCAUAGACACUUUCAAGCUUUCCAGUCGAAUUUAUCUUAUUGAAAGCAGUUAUUUGACUCACUUAGAGCUAUACAAUUGUUUGCUAAAACCCCCUGUGAUGUUCAAAGGCUUCCCAAGAUUGAAGAGCCUCGAAAUUCAGAAAGUUACUGUGGCGCAAGAUGUGUUGGAAAAGGUGAUCAUUUGCUGUCCUCUACUUGAGAGAAUGACUCUAUGUGACUUAAGGAAUAUCACCCAUCUCAACAUUGAUGCACCAAAUCUUCAAUUCCUUAAUGUUGGAGGUGGUUUUCAGAGUUUUAAACUUAAGAAUACCCCAAAUCUUGUUGGUAUGAAAGUAACAGGCUUCCGUGGUUUGAAGGCUGAAGUAGACUUCCUCAGAGUUCAGCUAUUAAGCUCCCCUCUUCAAGAACUAGAAAUUUCAUUUGGACAGGAGAAGAACAUGAUGAGGUUAGAUGACAACCGGAACUGCACAUCCACCCAACUGCGAGUUUUGAAAAUAACUGGCUUUGUGGUAGUGCCAAAAAUGAAAUAA